UUUGUCAUCAAAGGAAGCCUGGCGGGAGCUGCUGUGUAUGUGGCAUAUGAUCAGGGGCUGCUGGGCAGUGGCACACAAGGUGCUGAAGCCCUCAAAAAAGCUCAAGCAGCACUGCCUCCAGCUAUCCAUGAGUGGACAAGUUACAUAGGCUGGGAG